UGACGUGUUAGUCGACGUGGCAACCGAGGUGGACAGAUAAUUUUAAGUGGGCGUACGGAUUGACCGGUAAGUGCUUUGACAGGCUAACCGGCCACGAGCCCUAUUUCGUACGAAAUGAAGCAAACUGACAACCGGCUGAAUGGCGGCAGUGACCGGUCAUAAAACCAGAAUAGGUACGGCGGCGAGGAAGGUUGAGCUCUUUUUCCUGUGAAGGAUGAACUCUGCUGGCAACGCACACACACAGUCUUACUCAAGAUUUGUUCUUCCGCUACGAUGCGCUAGGGAUUGAAGCGCGGCGGCAUAGGAUCCGCGAUGCGGCUGGGAUGGAGCACAGAUUCCCGCUGUCGGAUCUGGAUUUCCUGGAUAUUUUCGUCGCCGGAUGACUAGUUCGUGCGAGACGGGGAGUAGCGCCUUCUCAUGGCCGUGAAACUGUCCAAAGCGUUCGCCGUGUUUGACAACGAUGAGUACUUACCUCUAGACGAUUUGCAAGUGACUUUAACUCGAGAGAACACCAGCGAGGAUGGCACUUACACGCUAUGUUUGUGGAUGUAUCUCUUGAAGAACAACAGACACCCCGGGGUUAUCAUCCGACAGUCUACUUCGAGUAUCCAAUCGCUUCCAUUUCUAUCACUCGACAACGAUUUACGGCUGGUUCUUCAUCCCUUGGUUCAAACCGAAUCAAGCGAGCUCGAUGUACUUGCUGAUCAAAGUUGUCCAGUUGAGAAAUGGGUGCACGUUGGGUGUGAGAUUGGACACAACAUUGCACGUCUACACAUUGAUGGCGUCGUAACUGGAGAGAAGGCAAUAAGCUUUCCAUCAUGUGACGAGACCGUAGAACCUGUUAAACUUAGUGGUGGAGACGGACAAAAUCGUGGCGGUUUUGUGCAAGCAUAUGCACAUCAUGUUUGUGUCCUUCCGCAACCAUCCGUGACCAAUCACUACGUAAAGAAUCCACCUCUGGAGCUGUCGCUUGAUGGCUCGACUGGAGGAUCCGAGGACCAUGAACUUGAAGAAGGAGGAGAUGGCGUAUGGAGCGUCGUUGGAGGCAAGGCAUCAUGUCGCAGAAAUUUUGCUCUUGAUGUGGUUUUGUUGGAUGCCUUGGGACGAGCUAUUCACAAAGAUAUAGAGCUUGUCGCGUCCCUUGUCUAUGCGGAUACGGGCUAUCUGGUUGAAAAGCCAAAAGAUGACGCAGAAGCGCCGCUUUUAACUACAUUCGAUGGAGUAGAAUUCCCAUCUACUGAGAGGCCUAUCAAACUAGUCCACGGUAGAGCUUCUUUUAAGCUAAAGAUUUCGCAGCUCUCCUCGAAAUGUGACAACCGACUGUUUCGUGUAUGCUUCGAGUCGCCAAACAUUCCAAAGUUUCCAUUUCUCAGAGUUUUCUCGCGGCCGAUCCGCUGCGUUUCGCGAAACAGAAAUAGUCGAACGCCUUCAGCACCCUGGAAGCGUUCCUUCGCAGCCGUUUACCCGGUCGAUGGCACCAACUUACCUUCAGCGGCAGAGGAUCGACCUGAAACAUUACGAGCGAAUGAAUCCAACGGCAUGGCCGCUCCGAAGUUCGCACCAAGCAAGGCGCCACGCAUUGGAGAUGAUAAGUUACCUUCACGGUUUCCGAUGCCGGCAGACAAAACGCCAGAAGGCUCAGUGAUAUCCAAAGGUGCCGACGGUCUUGUUGGAUCCCAAAGAAUGGCUCCUCCGCCAGCUCCUGCAACGUGCUCGCGGCCUGCUCCGGCUAGUGUAUACAAGGCAAUGGACAAGAAGCAACGUCCAGAAAGCCGCAAGAGCUUUCCGGCUUUCAUGAACAGCAGCUGUGGGGAGAAGGCAUUCUCGGACUACAUGGUAUUCAAGUACUGCUUAGAAACAAUUCACAGCCGAGCAGCAUUUCUGAGAGCACUCGUUGUGAGCAAAACCGAAGAAGAGCUUCAUGAAUUCGCCGGCCGAGUCUCUCAAUAUACCGGGUGCCAACAUAACGGGUAUCAAGUUUUGAUCGCAAAGAAGCUGCUACGAGAAGGAGAAGACAUUUGGAGGCAGGUUUCUCACGAUGGCUACUCAGCUCCAUGGCCAAGUUUGAUGAGCAAGCUGGAAGAGAGCUUCUACAACAUCUCUGGCCAGAGUAAAAGACGUUUCACCUCUAAGGACAUCGAAUUCAUCCAGCAGAACUGCGGGACUGGAAACGCGACGACAACGCGUGAGCAGUUCGACAGGUUGUGGCAAUGGCUUUAUCCCGUGGCGAUGACGGUGGCGACUCCACAGGUCCGCAAGACGUGGGAGAGCGUCACUCCCAAGUGGAUAGAAGGAAUGGUGUCUCGCAAGGAGGCCGAGGAGCUCUUGCGCGGCGUGGACGGAAUCCCAAAGACGGGCAGCUUUAUACUCCGUUUCGCGAGCUCUCGCAGCUGGCCUCACCCCGACGCUGGAGCUCUCGUUGCCAGCUACGUUACGGACGACUUGAGGAUCAAUCACAGGCUCCUCAACCUCGACACUAGAACCUGUGGCGAUGACACGGAUGGAAAGCAACAGCACCACUCUUUGUCCGAGCUGUUGGUGUUACAACCCGAGCUGGUUCGACCCCUGAGGUGAAAUUCACUCACACACUCGCGAAUGCGCUAGAGCAAGAACCUAAAGGUGGCGGCGCAAACUUAUUGCUCCAUAGCAUCGAAAGGAAGAAGUAAAUAACGCCAAAUCUACAGUAGGUACACAAAUUUGUGCCAAAGAUCUUGUGUUUUUUUUCCUUGAAAGAACUACACACAUCUGUUUUGUAAAAGAUCCAUGGAGACUUUGAGAGAAGUAAAAACGUGUUUACUGUUGUACGCACAGUACAACUUUGAAGCUUUGUUUUUUAUUUUUUACAGGAAUCAUAAGAAUCCUUCCUCAAAAAAAUUGUGCCACAAUUAUUCCUGAACAAUAAUAAGCCGCCGCGUAAUAACAAACAACUCUCGUCAAGGAAGAAAGAGAGAGAGAGAGAG